AUGUCAUCGAGAGAUUCCAACCCUUUUAGUAAACCUUCAAACCACCAUCCAUUCCCAAGCCCCUCCGCCCCAGGGCGUCAUUCCCCUGCAGCCCCAAAACGGAGCCCCUCCGCCGGCCGCCAAUUGGGAACAGGUGACGAAUUGGAACCCACGGAUACCGCAAAGGGUGCCCCAAAGUGCCCCUCCUUGCCACCAGGGCCGGCUUUCGGAAAACGAGUGGCUUCUGCGAAUAAACCGCCAUGUGCCCCUUACAAGGACGAGAAUCCUGCUAAGAACUCUUUGGCGGACGUCAGCAGGGCUGUUGAAAGGUUUUCGUUGGAUUUGUUUGAUAAAACCGUCAAACAAGCCGGCCCAGGCCUGGACAUAGUGAUAAGUCCCUUCAGCGUCUGGUCGACCCUAACGAUUGUGGCCGAAGGUGCCCUUCACGACACUUUUAACGAGCUCGCCAGGACGUUAAAACUACCUUUAAGUAUAAAUACUACGAGAUCAGGAUACAGAAGGAUUUCGCAGGUGAUGCUUGUUAAUACUUCUACUGUAGAGUUGGAAGCUGCUACUGCUAUCUUCACUGAUAACAGCAGCCCGAUAAAUCGCGACUACGAAUGCCUCGUCGAAUCCGUAUACAGAACAGACUUACGUUCCGUCAGCUUUCUAAAUAAAGCGAAAGCAGCCUACGACAUUAAUAUGUUCAUAAAAGAAAAGACGAGGAAUAGGAUUGACAGUAUUGUGGUUGAACAGGACCUCACAGAUGCCAAAAUGAUUAUAACAAACGCCGUAUUUUUCAGGGGUCAGUGGACGACCCCUUUCAAUAAAACUAACACGAAAGUCGAGAAUUUUUAUGAUGAAACGGGGGCUGUCAAGGGUCAAGUUAAUAUGAUGUACGACAUAGGGUACUAUCCAUACACAAUGGUUCAAGGUUUAAAUUCUCACAUCAUAGAAAUACCUUACGGAAAAGAAAACAGGUUAUCAAUGUACGUCCUUUUGCCCAUGAAGGGCGUUUUACUUCAAGAUGUUCUGGGAAAAGUUAAAAGAAUGUCAAUUCACGAUCUGACUUCUCUGAUGAACCAAGCUAUAGAUGAAUACGGUGACGAACUGGUGGAGUUGAGAAUGCCUAGGUUCAAAAUUUCGUCGGAUUUGACGCUUAAUAUUAUCUUGGAAGAGAUGGGUAUACUAUCAGUCUUUGACCCCAACUAUGCUGAUCUUUCGAGGAUUUCUAAUAAUAAUCUGUAUGUUUCAAGAAUUAUGCACAAGGCUGAGAUUGAGGUCACUGAAGAAGGCACUGUAGCUUCUGCCGUAACAGCUGGUACAAUCGUGAACAAAAUAGCACCGCCCAGUUUCCAUGCCAACCGGCCCUUCGCCUACUUCAUAGUCGAGAAAACAACCAAGGUGAUUGUCUUCACUGGCAAGUUCUCGGUGCCGCCGCCAGAGAGAUUCUAAACUACAGACCAAUUACAACUGGCCAAUGGCCAUAACUGGCCAUUGGUCAUUGGCCAUUAUGCAAUAGGUAAUA